CCUGUUUCUGCUAGCUCUGCGACAAGACUACUCGGAUUUUUUCACUGGUGAAUGACGACUAAACCGAUGAAGUUCAGUCAAUCGAAGCUUUACUAGAAGGUACAAGUGGUAUGACCAAAUUCUUGAUGGCUGACGAGUGCAUAUGGUAAUCGCAAAAUGGCGUGAAAUAAGUCAAGCAGUCAUAGUUAUCUAUGUUUUCCUCGCGCCAAGCUCGCGAGCAGGACAAAUAGAUUCUGACUCCCUGUCGGAGUUCUUGCGGAGGAGGAGCGCAAAAACGCUCAGGGCUGUUCCCUCGGUAAAAAAUAAACAUGAGGGGCUGUCAUUCGGCUACCAUGAGUACAGCAUUAUCCCCUAGCCCAGCGAGUAGACGCCGGAGACGCCAUCUUGCACGCUCCUUCAAAGCUAACACUUCUGCUUUUUUUCUCCAAGUCUUUCUGGGACGCGACCACGUCGUUACCCGUGUUUUUGCUGUUGGCGAACGUGAACUGCAAAGCCCUCCAGGACAGGUGAUACAACAACAAGACGAAAACACGGAAGUAGAGCAUUAUCCUGGUGGGAUUCUCGGUGCUGUCUUACACGGACUACCGCGGUCGACGUCGUUGUCGGACGAUGAAGUAGAUGUCAAGCACGUCGUCAUUUCCGAUCAGGGUGUCGACCUACCUUCUCCUCAAGCUCAACUCCAAGACCAGCAUGAUGAGGAAAAACAUGCUCAUGAUAACCUGCACGACGGAGUAACAAGUUAAGUAGGAAGUAGAGUUUAUAUUCUGAGUUUCAGCUUCAGCUUUACCUUCACAUUCAUAAUUUGUUGACCAGCAUGACACGUCGUGAGAGCUAUUUUCCGACUGUGAAAGCGGUGUUGAUGUCCUCAGGGAAUUUUCUAGAAAGAGGCACCACCACUUGCCAAACCAUCAAGACCACACCAGUGAAAAACUAUAAUAUCGCGAAGAAGGUAGAGGCACUAGCAUCUUCAAUGGCAUGCUCAUGAUGGACGACGAGACAAGCGGAGCAGCCAUGACUCAACUAGAUCAACAUCAAGCGCCGCUUUCUUCCACAUUUACGAUGCCAAUGCAUGUUGUAAGUACAUCUUGACCUUGCCUGCGGUUUAGUUGUACAACUCGUAGAAUCAAUUUGCAGUUGAAUGCGAUUGCGAUUCACAACAUUCACUUCUUCGCUUAUAAUACACUCACAUUAGCACGAUAUACAACAAACAUGAUCAUGAUCUUCGACGGCGAUGACUCCAUCAAUGAAUACAGUAUCAUUAAGGUGGAAUGAGUUUCUACUGAUGUUGCACCAGCAGAGGAACAGAACUAUAGCAGUUGCCGUGCUCUAGUAGUUUCUAAUGAUCUUUUCCAGACGAAGACGAUAAGGAAGAGAACUACAGGCAUUGUGAGUAUAGCAGACACUGCCGGACAAUACCGCUCCCCCAAUGGCUUUCCGGACUGGCUAUAUUUAUGUUCCCGUUCUCAAUCGACCUGCAACAGGAGUCUUGUCAUUUUUCUUGCGUUUCUGUUAUUUCGGUGUAUUUCUAUCAUUUGAAUUUGUAUCAUUGUUGCGAAGAGUGAGCCACAACUAGUAGUACUGCUGCGAUACACAUCAAAAAUAGAGCAUAGAAAUCAUCUUCAUCUAAGGCACAUCCCAUCUCCGCUACCUCCUGCAGCCGCAGGCCUAGAGGAACAUGACGGAGCAGUCCAGACGAACCACCCUUUCUUGGAACAAGAAAAGGAACAUCACCAAGGCCCUGAAGCGGCUUUCACGGACGUCAGUGGACAAGACGAAGAACACAAAGACCGAAACCUAGACAUAGAAUUAGCCUCGUCACUCGGACAAACAAGACGUGCUUCCAGUAGCAGUUCUGGCGCUACUGUUGUAUCCGCCUCAGCACUCGUCUUACACGAUGACGAUCCUCGAAGUGCUGAUCCGGCCUAUGUGCAGCGUCGGAGACACAAGGAACGACUUCGCACACCGGAUGGUCGCCGUUUAGAGCAUGGAAUGGAAAUACAAUUAAUGGUCUACGCUGACAGCCCUUUCCAGACGAAAUACCAUGACCAGUUGCGUUCUCUGCGGUGCUACGCACGAUACUGGGGAUACCAUUUCAAUUAAGACACGGACAAUUCUUGAAUGAGAAUGACUUUUUCGAAGACGAGAGUCGACCAGCUGUUGCUUGUCCUCCUGAAAGAGUAAAACUAACACUAACAUCAUCAUCAUCAUCAUCCUCAUCAUCUUCUAAAGGAGAGUGCUCGAUCUGCAGAGCUAUCGCGAUAGGAGUCCAUGCCACGAGGUGUAUGACCACUUCUUUCGUCGGCAUUGUCUCUUGGCAGAAUACAUGGAGGACCAAGCAGGCCGGAUAACGAACAGCACCCAAGCAUCAGACUAAGGCUUGUCGCGAUUGUCUCAGCUUCGAUCACACAAUGGAUCGAUGAGCUCACGGUCAUCAAAAUGUGUGAUCUUCUCGAGCUGAACUCUGCGUCUCGCCUCAUCCAUUACCUACUCUGUUUCUAAAGACUUCACAAGCUGCGGCACGAUCAUGAAGAUGAAAAGUUCCUCGCUGAUGAGUUCGCACAAAUCAGCAAAGCUAGAGAUGCAGAUAUCUCAGGAACUACCACGAGUACAGAUAAAAGCAGCACGGGUUUCCGUGGUGCCCUAUUCGAGCAUCUGCACGACGACUCCUCGGUCCCUCCACAGAGCGAACUAGGUGCACCAAAAGAUCCAGCGUUGAUUACGAUGUCAGACGGUCGCAUAUACGCAGAAAAACCACACCAAGUUCUGAUCAUGCUAGACGCGGAUAUCGCUGCCCGAAAUCUCACCCUGAGCCUCGACAAGUUUGGAAAAGACGCAAUUACCAGUGGAGCUGACGUAUUGCAACAGAAAAUAUCUCGAUAAAUGUUAAUGAAAAAUGCUCCCCGGCAUAGACAUAAGAAGUUGCUGUUUUGGUGUCGAACAGAAGAGGACUAUACUUAUUUCAUUCGAUGAUCGGAAUAGAACUAGAAUGAAGCAGAUAAACGAGUAUGAACUUCAAGAUUUACAUGACGAUUUUUACCCAGGCCAUGUUUUUCGAGCGGGAUUGGGGUGUGAACGAUCACCACGAGAUCAUGGCCGGAAGUUUCAUCGUGCGGAACACAGAGCGCGCGCGUCGUUUCGUCCGUCACUGGGCUGGGUUUCAGACGCGAAAGGAGCGACCACCUGGCUUCUCAAGCUCCGACAACGGCGCCAUUCACAUCGCCAUUCCCGAAACUACGGGCAUGCAGCCGAAAAAAAGAGUUCGAGAGUGCCUGGAUCGAUACGCCGCGCUCACUGAGAGCGUCAUGAACAUGGACCCAUACUUCGAUUUUGUCAUUAUGAGGAUCAACAUAAAGUUGGUGAAGAUGAUCAAUUUAUCUGAUCAUAUAAUAGAAGCAGAGUAUUUUGAACACUCACUCCAUGACUUGACUUUUGGUUUUUAUAACUUAGAAAAGGCAUGCAUGUCGCCAUCACAUUCGUGCGAAAAAAUUCUUUCUAUCGGCCUUGAGCACUAGCCUAAACCUCGCUCAAAAAAAUGGGGGAAGCCUAUCGAUAUGCGGCCGAAUUACUUCUGUGAUCAUUUUUCAUAUUGGUGCGCUUUGGAGUAAUUAUUUAAAAAGCUAGUUUUUGAUGGAUCCAGGUCCGCUACUUAACAUCACAAAGGUAUUUUAGUGUUCUGGAGCCAUGAGCAUUGAUUAGUUUCCUAUUUCUUGCGAGCCUGCUACUGAACUCUUUGAGAACUUACAACCUUAGAUCAGCAGAGGAGAAAGCCAGCGCUUAAGUAUUUGAUACUACAAAUAUAUAUAUAUAAUGAAGAUACCUUCAGGUUCAGCUCCGACGAAAUGGAAUUUCUCCUAUUAAACCGGAAACUUCAGUGCUGCUGAUGAAGCAGCACUUCGACAGUUAAACUCUACCUGGUGGUCCCAGCUAAGUACUUCUAAUCUGCAAUGCGAGCGAAUUUUGAUGGGAAUGGGAAGCACGCCACACACGAAAGUUGGCCAAGCUUUUGAGUCACGUCAUGCGGUAACGUUUGCCGCGGUGAAGGACAAAUCAAAGGCAGAUGCUCCAGAUUACGUCAUUCCUGGAAUUCGCAUUCGAGUUUUAGCUUUCGUACUUCGUCGAGAACUUUUUUGUGCAACUUCUAGCUUCAUAAUUUCUUGCUGGUCUUGUUGAGAUAACUUGUUGCUGGUCUUGCCGAUAUUCAUGUUCAUCCACCUCUCAUAUUUUUGAAAGUCAAAAAGUGCACUCUUUUUGUUAUUGAUGUUAACGUACUGCAGCGAGUUGUAUCUGUAUGCAUUUUUUGGAUCAUUUCCAUCUCCAGCUCUGUCACCAUCCGUUCAAUUCAGGAGGACAGCUGGGCUCCAGACUGGUACUAUUCGAUUUUUUUCAAGUCUGGGUCAAAGUCGCCACUCGGCCACGGGGCAAAAGAUAUCAAAGAAACAAUAAAUUACGGCGUUGGCUCCUACAAUCUUUUAGUAGUUAUCACAUCAUACACAUGAAGAUCGUGAUGAUCGUCAAGAAAAGAUAGGCAGUUGUAGCUGUAGAUUUGAUGUUGCAAGAGCCCGACAUCAUCUGUUGCUGUUCAGAAUUCAUCAAGUAGGUGAAGGUAUUGAUUUCUAAUCCGCGUCCCUCUUCACAGUCAGUGUAUACUUACCCUGCUCUAAUUCAGGCAAAAUUGGCUUCAAUGGAAAUCCUUGGACAACUGUGAGGAUUUCACCGGCGCGCGUCCAUCACCAGAGGAAGGCGCAUCUGGAGCGAGCAGCUUCACAGGACUUAUGCUUGUUCCUAAUAACUACAUGUUGUACCAAUCCGAAGUGAGUAACAAAAUCAUCAUCAACUUCAUGUUGUUGUAGCACUCACAUCUUCAUCUUCAAACACUCACGACAAUCUAUCGAAAUCUAUGUUUUUCUGUCGUCCUACCCCUAGCUCUUCUAGGAGUGCUACAAGAAGGACUUUACUUGUACUUACAACUACCUCUAACAUCGUCAGCAGAGAUGCAGAAAGUAAUGGCCAGACACAUAUUGCAGCGAAUUCGUUGUUGGAAGUGUCCGCUUCCGGUGCGGUCUCGUCGCCCGCUCAGAUGCUUCGUCGAGAAAAAAAUGCAGGUGAUCAUCAAGAACACAAAAUAUAGGGAUAGGCUGCGUCGUUCGCCUAGCAAUAUCAAUUAAAAUCAAAACACGAUCAAGAAGACCUACCACUACCUCAUGGUCAUAACUAAACACAGACAAUUCGUUACAUAAAAUGAAAAUGUAAAUGAUUCAAUGCGCCCUAUCUUACUUUCUGAUCCAUCUUGCGCUUGCCUCACGGGGUGGUUGAGAACGUCUUCAUGUUCUGUUGUAGUCAUCGUGAAAAGCUGUAUCUAUACUCAAUGAUCGUGUAGAACAGGUACUAAUGUGCCAUGUACAAACUCAGACUAGAUUCUUGCUAUAAUUGUUCGUCAUCCACCUGGUUUUUGGCCGGCUAUUAGUGGAAAGUACUUAAGUAGAAGAGUAACUCUAAAUGAAAAUGAAUGUUCUCUAAUUACUACAGGUGGGGCGUGUGCAGUCCUGUAAUCCUUCACAAACAUCAGAUUAUGUUAAUCCGGACCGUCUAUCGAGGAACGAGUUCUACCAGGAUUUUUGCACUCGCCUCGGCAAGCAUAAAGAUAUUGAAAAUGAAAGCGUGGAUGAUUUUCACAUGAACAUGCAGAUGGCCACGAUAUACUAACGAGAUUCUAAUUCGUCCUAGCCUGGGGCUAGCUUCGUCCCUCGUGCCACGUCUUCUCAGCGGCAAUACAACUAGACUGCAAAGCCUGGGGGG